AUGUUUGACAAAGAAACUUCAGUUGUGAAGCUGUUAGUACAGUUAUGUCAUGCGUAUUUGUCAUAUGCAUUGGGGCCGGCCAUGUUGCGUCGGGGUAAUCCAUUAACGUCAGCAGAAUGGUCGAAACUCUUUAUAAGUGCGAUAGGUAAAUUUGAAAAGCAUAUAGUAUCGUUAAAUAAUAAGAUAAUUGUUUCGAAAAAAAAAUCAUUACCAUGGUUGGAAGAUGGCGUUGGUGACGAGGACUACAAAAAUGAAAAGUUAAAUGUAUAUGAUUUUAUUUUAAAUACUAAAGAUACUAUUGAUAGAGAACUAUUUCCAGCCCAUUGGGAUAAACAAGAUAAAAUUAAACGAAAAAAACUAAUUAAACGGAAAAAAAUCAGUUCAUGUUCGGAUAGUGAACAGAGCAGUGUUGAGGACAAUUUAGUUAAAAUGAUGAAAAUAAAUGUAAUAAAGUUAAAGAAUGUUAUGACUUGA